AUGACCGACAACACUACCGACAGUACAGGUCUCCGUUCACGGAUGCCCCUCCAACAACGCAACUCGUCCUACCGACGCAAAGCCAGUAUCGACCCCACGACCAGUCAGCCCCAUCACUACGACCAUCGUCGCCACCAACUCCAAGACCCUACCUUCGGUCGAUCACCCUCUCCACCUGAGGGAGCGCCCAAGUUUGACGACGAAGAAUUAGACGACGAUGCGAGUCAGCCUCUCUACCGGUACAACGAGGAUGGGUUUUUGAUCCCAGUCCAGAAGCAGAACGAGCAAACUUGGUCGUCAUUCUUGAUCCAGCACCAAUUAGUCCUUUCGUGCUCGGUCAUCCUCGCCGUCUUUGCAUCCCACGUCCUCAUUGUCUCGAAAGAGAUCCGUGAUGGUCAUAAUGUUGAUCUGGUGAGCAGCUUGACAGCAUUGAUCCCUCCUCCCAUCUGGAAGUCCCUCCCCGAAACCUGGACCCGUGCAGGAGCAGGAAGCCCCGCGAUGAUAAAAAAAUGGAACCCCAAACUUGGCGCGUACAACCCGAACGACGCUUGGUCGUCACAGGCGAUGGCUCUGCAGUACCAAACGGUGCUGUUUGACGAGGUGACAGGGCAGAAGCAGGUCGUGUACGGCAAGGGGUGGAACGAUCUGUACAUGGUCAUGGUCUGGGUCAUGAUCUGGACUGCUAUUCGUGAGUCGGUGAUGACUUUUUUGUUGAUCCCACUCGGUCGCCGUUUGGGGGUUGGUGAGCAAAAGAAGAAGCUGCAGCAAGGACAACAGUCGACCUCGGUAUCGUCAUCGACCAAUCCAUCGGUGCAUACACAGGAGAAGAAUGUAACAGGAUCAACGCACGACGAAAUGAAGGCGUUGAAGAUGAAGCUCAGGAAGGAGGAGCAUGCGCGCGAGGGCAAGCUGUUGCGCUUCGCUGAGCAAGGUACGAUGGCAACCUGCUUGUUGUACAACUCCACAUACUGGUCAGACUCGACAUUCUUCUGGCGCGACUACCCGAAGACUCAACUAGACGCAACCAUGAAAUGGUACUACCUCGUCCAAUUCGCCUUCUGGGUCCAACAAUUCCUCCUCGCAGUAUUGGGUAUCGAAAAACGCCGCAAGGAUUUCCUUGAGUUCAUGAUCCACCACGUCAUCACCUGUCUCCUCAUCGGGUUCUCGUAUUCGUUCAACUUGACAUCUGUCGGACACGCCGUCCUAUGUUCCAUGGAUUUCUCGGAUAUUGUCCUUGCCGCUUGCAAGAUGCUCAAGUACUGUCAGAAGGACCAGAUCGCCGAUGUUGGGUUUGUCUUUUUUGUCGUCACCUGGAUUUAUACACGCCACAUUUGGUUCGGACAAAUCAUUUUGGCAACGUACAAGGCACCUCAAUUUGCGGCGAUGGUCUGGGAUCCGAGCAAUGGGCUCUAUUUCACGCCUGCGGUAUUGAAGGGGUUCCAAGUGCUGUUGUGCGGACUGUAUGCGGUCUUGGUAUUCUGGCUGGCCAUGAUCUUCAAGAUUGUGCUCAAGGUCUUAAAGGGUGAGAACAGCGAGGAUGUCCGGAGUGAGGACGAGGAGGAGCCUGAGGAAGAAGUCGUUGAGGAGACGAAGAAAGUGGUCAAAGUCGAAGAUGUGCCCAGGAUGUCGAUCCAGGUCUUGCGCGAGCGGACUGUUCGACAGUGA